CCUAUUUUUUGGAGGAAGCAAAUUUAGCUUAGCUGGUAGAUCUGUGCCGUGCGCCACGCUGCGCCAUUGCGCCAUAGCUCCAUCGCUCGGCCGCGCGCGCAAGAUGAAAUGCCGGGGAUGCCUCCAGAUCGUCGUCAAGCUCCUCAACUUGCUGCUGUUCGUGAUUGGGCUAGGUAUGAUCCUCUACUCGGUGUGGAUGCUCAAUCAGCUCCACAAGCACGGGGAUGACGACGAUGGAUUGAAUUCUUUGCCGGUUGUUCGAUCCGAGCUGCUGGGGGCGAUGGCAAAUUCGUCGCGGAUUGGAGUGGAGCUCUCUCUUCCGGUUCCAUGGUUUGUGUACGCGUUCAUGGGAGUUGGCAUCUUUGUUUGCAUAAUCUCUUUCUCGGGAUACGUUGCGGCCGAAGCUGCCAGUGGAUGCUGCCUGUGCUGCAGCUCUGUGUUCUUGGGAAUUUUUCUUCUGCUCCAAGCAGCUCUCGCUGCCACCAUUUUCUUCGACAAGUCAUGGGAACGGGACUUUCCAAAAGAUCCCACUGGUGAAAUCCACAGCAUCAGGAAGUUUGUGGAGAAAAACGCCGAGUUCUGCAAGUGGAUCGGGUUGACCGUUGUCAUUGUGGAGGUUCUGGGCCUCCUCUUUGGAAUGAUCCUGAGAGCCGUGAUCGGCGACUUUAACAGGUCCGGCUAUGACAGUGACGACGACUACGUUAGACCUCCGACAAGAUCAAACGUUCGGCGUCAAGGAUCGCCACCAGAGCUAUCAUCGACACGGAGCACCAAGCUGAGAGACAAGUAUGCCGGGGAGUUUUCCUACACACCAUCCGAGUCGAGGCGUCUUCUUCAGCAGAAUGGAGCUCCGGAGGAGAGCCGGAGCAGAUGCACCAUCAUGUAAAUCGUGCCUACGUUCGUGGUAUGAUCCUUGUAAAAAAGGUUGUGUAUGGAUUCCUUUGGAUGCGAAGCGGUUUUUUCGUUGUUCCGAGCUGUUAUUAGGAAAUUAAAUUACAAUGCUUACAAUUUUUCCGUAGUA